CGCCCGAGCCCCGAGCCCGGCCCCGCCGAGCGCCCGGCGUCCCCGCGCCCCGCGCGUCCCAAGGCUCCCUUCGCACCUACGGAGAAGACUGAGCCCCCAACGCGCGACGCGCCAAGCCACAUAAACUGAGGACAAUGAAUGCUGAGGAGGGUCAAGAUUUGUCCCAAGUUUCAGGGAAAGAAAGUCCUCCAGUAAGUGAUACCCCAGAUGAUGGUGAUGAGCCCAUGCCUAUCCCUGAAGACCUUUCCACCACAUCUGGAGGAACACAGAGCACCAAGAGUGAGAGAGGAGUAGUUACAUAUGGGGCUGAUGGCUUUAGGGAUUUUCAUGCAAUAAUUCCCAAAUCUUUCUCUCCCAGUAAUGUUAAAAUAGAGACUCAGAGUGAUGAAGAGAAUGGGCGUGCCUGUGAAAUGAAUGGGGAAGAAUGUGCUGAGGAUUUACGAAUGCUUGAUGCCUCAGGAGAGAAAAUGAAUGGCUCCCACAGUGGCCAAGGCAGCAAAGCUUUGUCAGGAGCUGGAGGCAUCCGACUUCCUAACGGCAAACUAAAGUGUGAUAUCUGUGGGAUAAUUUGCAUCGGUCCCAAUGUGCUCAUGGUCCACAAAAGAAGCCAUACUGGAGAACGGCCUUUCCAGUGCAACCAGUGUGGGGCCUCUUUCACGCAGAAAGGCAACCUACUACGGCACAUCAAGUUACAUUCUGGGGAGAAGCCUUUCAAGUGCCACCUCUGCAACUAUGCAUGCCGCAGGAGAGAUGCCCUCACCGGCCACUUGAGGACACACUCUGUUGGUAAACCUCACAAAUGUGGAUAUUGUGGCCGAAGCUAUAAGCAGCGAAGCUCUUUAGAGGAACAUAAAGAGCGUUGCCACAACUACUUGCAAAGCAUGGGCCUCCCAGGCACGCUGUACCAAGUCACUAAAGAAGAAACUAAUCACAGUGAAAUGGCAGAAGACUUGUGCAAGAUGGGGUCAGAGAGAUCCCUUGUGCUGGACAGACUAGCAAGUAACGUCGCCAAACGUAAGAGCUCUAUGCCUCAGAAAUUUGUUGGGGACAAGUGCCUCCUAGACAUGCCCUAUGAUGGCAGUGCCAGCUAUGAGAAGGAGAAUGAGCUCAUGCAAACCCAUGUGAUGGACCAAGCCAUCAACAAUGCCAUCAGCUACCUGGGGGCAGAGUCUCUGCGUCCACUGGUACAGACACCGCCUGGAAGCUCUGAGGUGGUCCCGGUUAUCAGUCCAAUAUAUCAACUCCACAAGUCCCACACAGAGGGUCCUCCACGUACCAACCACUCAGCCCAGGACAGCGCUGUGGAAAAUCUGCUGCUUCUCUCCAAAACCAAAUCAGUGUCUUCUGAAAGAGAAGUGUCCCCCAGCAAUAGCUGCCAAGACUCAACAGACACCGAGAGUAAUAACGAGGAGCAACGAAGUGGCCUCAUCUACCUGACCAACCCUCAUUCCCGAAACGGCCUGUCUAUCAAGGAGGAGCACCAGGCCUACGAGAUGCUGCGGGCAGCCUCUGACAGCUCCCAGGAUGCCUUGCGAGUGAUCGGCAUGAGUGGGGAGCAGAUGAAAGUGUACAAAUGUGAACACUGCAGGGUGCUUUUCCUGGACCACGUCAUGUACACCAUCCAUAUGGGUUGCCAUGGUUUCCGAGAUCCUUUUGAGUGCAACAUGUGUGGCUACCACAGCCAGGACAGGUAUGAAUUCUCUUCCCACAUUACCCGAGGGGAGCAUCGCUUCCACAUGAGCUAAACUCCCCUGCACUUCAUAGACCUCUCAGAAAAGCACAAACAGAUGCUUCCUACCAUCGGCCUGAGCAGAGACUGGACACUGGAUGAGAGCCUUGUGCUUUAAUUUCUAAGUGGUUUUUAUUUUAUUUUGUUUCGUUUCAAUUUGUUUGGUGUUUGAUUUUCUUUUAAAAAACAAGGAGACUUUUAUGAUUAGAUGCUAAGUGAUAUUUGGAACCGUCUCAAAUGGUUGUCACUUGAUGUUUCUAUUCACUGCUACCUGAAAUUCCCUCACCUAACAAGCAAGCAUCCCAU